GAAUUCAAUUUGGAGCGGUAAAGGCCUAAUGUUGAAGUUGCUGGCCAUUCCUAAAGGCUUGUGAGAAGACAAGUUCCUAAACAUGGCAUUGAAUAGAAUUCAGUUGGUAAAAGGGCUAGAAGAUGUGACGCUGUGUGAGAAAGAAGCCUGUACAUUUGAGGUGGUCCUCAGUCAUGCGUACAUCCAGGGUCAAUGGAGCAGGGAUGGGGUACCACUUAAAUCCAGGCCUGUUUGUCGAAUUGCCACGCAGGGCAAAAAACACACUCUCACACUCACGCGCGUCACGGUUGCUGACAUGGGUGUCAUCAGUUUCAAGGCUGAAGGGAUUGAAAGCUCUGCAAUGCUGACAGUCAAAGCCAGGAAUAUAAAGAUUGUGAAGGCUCUUCAGAAUGUCAGUGUGACCGAGAGGGAGAGCGUGACAUUUAUCUGUGAGGUCAACUGGGAAGAUGUGGAUGGGAAGUGGUACAAGGAUGACAGCCGGUUGAGAGCUGGGGACAAUGUUAAAAUAAAAUGUGAAGGUAAAACACACUCCUUAACCUACAAAUCAGUCAAACCAGAAGAUGCUGGUGAGAUCAGAUUCACUGCUGAGAGGGUCUCUUCAACAGCAACACUGGGAGUCAAAGAGCUUCCAGUUCAUAUUGUGAAGCCCCUGAGAGUGAAGAUCGCCAUGUACAAACAUCGUGCCUUGCUGGAGUGCCAGGUCUCUCGUGUCAAUGCUGUGGUUAAAUGGUACAGAAGAAAUCAUGAAAUUGUGCCAAAUAGGAAGUACCAAACUAUCAGUGAAGGUGUGUACCGACAGCUUAUCAUAGAUGAUGUGGGAUCUUCAGAUGAAGACACUUUUACCUGUGAUGCUGUCGAUGACAGGACUUCCUGCCAGCUGUUUGUAGAGGAGCAGGCCAUCAGCAUUUUGAAAGGACUCAGUUCUGUGGAGGUCAUGGAGCCUAAAGAGGCUCGUUUUAAAGUGGAAACAAGUAUUAAGUUAGAGAGGGCACCCAAAUGGACCCUGAAUGGGCAGAUACUAUGUCCCUGUCCAGAAAUCCGGAUUGAGAGGCAAGGAACAUCGAACAGACUCAUUUUCACUCAAACCGACAGUAUAAUGUGUGGCACUGUGCAGUUCACCUCGGGGAAGAGCAAGUCAGAAGCUCAACUCACAGUUACAGAGCGCCCUUUGAUUGUCAAACAGCCCAUUUCUGAUGUGGAGGUGAAGGAGAACAGGUCAGUUACUCUCAGCUGUGAGUUCUGUCCAUCCCCCAGAGUGGUGCGCUGGUUCAAGGGUAGAACCCCACUGUUUGCUUCCAAUAAGUACACAAUGAAGCGGGAAAAGAACCGGGUUGAGAUGACCAUCAUGGGUGUGAAAGCAGCAGAUUCAGGAGAGUAUCGCUGUCUGGCUGGUGGCUCAGAGGCAAGAGGAAGAGUCAGUGUGGAAGUGAAAAGGUUGAAGAUCAUAAGACACUUAGAGCAAGUAGAGGUCGAGGAGGAUGGAACUGCAGUGUUCAGCUGUGAACUGAAUCAUGAGUCACCCAGUGUCCAGUGGCUGCUCAAUGACCGAGUCCUAUACACCAACUACAUCAACAAAAUCCAGAAUUCUGGAAAAGCAUACAGUCUGAUUUUAAAACGACUAGCUCCUCAAGAGAGCCGUGUAACAUUCAAAACAUUUGAUAUCAGCGAGUCUGCGUUCCUCAGGGUCAGAGAGAAGCCAGCAGUGUUUCUCAGGUCAUUGGAGGAUGUAGCAGGUGAGGAACGUGGUGAAAUCCUUUUGCAGUGUGACGUUUCCAAACCAUCAGUGACACCUGUCUGGAGAAAAGAUGGUGAAAUUCUGACUGCCAGUGAGAAGUAUGAGAUUCUCCAUGUGGGAAAGUCAUUGACUCUUAUAAUUCACAAGCUGAGAAAGGAUGAUGGAGGAGAGUACAGCUGUGAUAUUGGCUGCAGCCAAACUAAAGCGAAAGUCAUAGUUCGUGACCUGCGCAUUACCAUUGUCAAACGCAUACGGACAACAGCUGUGCUGGAAGGGGAAAGCUGCAGCUUUGAGUGUGUCCUGUCCCAUGAUAUCAUUGAUGAAGCAUUGUGGAUUUUGAAUGGCCAGCUGAUUGUGAGCAAUGGAAGAAUCAUAGUCUCUAACAAAGGGUGCAAAUACACAAUGAGCAUUCAGGAAGUUACAAUAUCUGAUGCUGGCGAAGUGGUCUUUACCAUUAAAGAGCUCAGCUGCAGGACUAUGCUGUUUGUGAAAGAGAAACCUGUGAGAGUUUUCAGGGAUAUGCUAAAUGUUAAAGCAACACCUGGUGAAGAUCCAGAGCUCAGCUGUGAGAUCACGAAACCUGAUGCAACAAUUAAAUGGCUGAAAAAUGGGCGGCUAAUUAGAGUCAGCCCAAAAUAUGAAAUUACCCAAAAUAAUUAUCUGGUGAAGCUCAUCAUCCAUAAUGCAGCUAUAAUGGACUCAGGAGAGUACUGCUGUGAGGCUGAUGGGAUUGCUACAAGGGCGAGAUUAGAGGUCAGAGACUUGCAACAUACAUUUGCAAAGGAACUGAAGGAUAUGCGUGCAGAGGAGAAGGGUAUGGUGACCAUGGAGUGUGAAACCAGAAGGCCUGCAGCUACUGUGACCUGGUUAAAAGGUCUAAUGGUCCUCAGCUCGGGACAGAAGUACAUGAUGAAGAAGAAGGAUGUUGUCCUCACUCUGACCAUCUUCAAUCUGGAGAAAAGUGAUAGUGCUGUCUACACCUGUGAUGUUGGGACAAUGCAGAGCAGGGCUUUACUUACAAUUCAAGGUCAAAAAGUGGUCAUUGUGGAUGAACUCGAAGAUAAAGAAUGUCUAGAAGGAGAUACCAUCACCUUUAAGUGUAGGAUCUGCCCAAGUGACUACACUGAUGUCAAAUGGUACCUCGAUGAGACCUUACUCUACACUAAUGAUCUUAAUGAGAUCAAGAUGAUACCUGGUGGAUACCACACUCUUACCUUCAAACAGCUUGCACGUAAAGACACCGGCACCAUCUCCUUCGAGGCUGGGGACAAAAGAUCAUAUGCAUCACUAUUAGUUAGAGAGAGACGCCCCACAAUAACUAAAGCAUUGGAAGAUACAGAAGCAAUUGAAGGAGGAAGUUUGGUGCUGUUGUGCAAGACCUCAAAGCCAUGUCAUAUUGUUUGGUACAAAGAUGGCUGUUUAAUCUGGAAUUCCUCCAAGUUCUUAGUGAGUCGAUCUGGAAAUGAGGCCAGGCUGGCCAUCCGUGAUGUGAAAGACAGUGACGGAGGGUUGUACGAGUGCGAUGCAGGUUCUGUCAGCACAAAAGCCACCGUGUCUGUUAAAGUUAUUCCUGCUGAGUUUACAAAAGCGCUUCAGAACCAAGAGGUCAAAGAGGGAGAGAGUGUAACGCUGAUGUGCGAAUACUCUAUACCCGGGGUCCAGUUUGUGUGGCGCAAAGGACCAGAGACGCUAAAAUCUAGUGAGAAGUACCACAUGAGGCAGAGGAAAUCUUGCAUUUCUCUUACAAUACACAAUCUGAAGCCAGAAGAUUCAGGGAAUUACACAUGCAUUUGCAGAGACCAAAGAACUAUGGCUACUCUUACAGUCAACGAGGUUCCUAUAUCAUUUAUUAAAGAGCUCAAGAACCAAGAGAUAGAUGAAGGUAAAAAUGUGACAUUACGCUGUGAGCUUUCUAAAGCUGGAAUCCCGGUGGAAUGGUUGAAAGGUGAACAAACUCUCUUGCCCGGGGAGAAGUAUCAGAUGAGGCACAUAGUCACCAUACUAGAGCUGGUAAUCAGAAAUCCAGUUCAUGAGGACAGUGGAACAUACAUCUGUGUGUGUGAUGAUCAAAGGACCAAAGCCAUUGUUAAAAUACGAACUCAACCUGUCACGUUCAAACAGAAGUUAAGAAAUCAAAUGGUUGAAGAGGGAAACAGUAUAAUCCUACACUGCGAGAUAUCCAAACCAGACAUCUCUGUGCAGUGGAGAAAAGGAAGCAGCCUUCUCAGGUCUGGGGAAAAGUACAAAAUCAGACAGAGAGGCUGCAUGCUAGAGCUGAAGAUUUUUAAUUUGACGCAAGAUGAUAGCGGAGUCUAUAGCUGUACGAGUGAAACUGCUGAGACAUCAGCCAACAUCACAGUUAGCGCUCAACCUGUUACUUUUAAAGAUAAACUGAAAAACCUGGAAGCCGUGGAAGGGAACAUGGUAACAUUGCACUGCGAGCUUUCUAAAACUGGUGUCCCAGUAGAAUGGUGGAAUGGAGAGGAACUGCUCCAGCCUGGAGAGAAGUAUAAAAUGAGAGAACGAGGCACAUCAGUUGAGCUGAUCAUCUGUGAAGCCAAGCCUGAAGACAGUGGAGUUUACAGAUGUGUCUGUGGAGACCAAAAGACCAAAGCUACAGUUAAAAUUGUUGGUGCUCCUGCUAGUUUUAAGGAAAACCUUAAGAACCAAGAAGCUCUGGAAGGCAAAUCUGUAACCCUUCACUGUGAGCUUUCCAAAGCUGGAGUACCUGUGGAAUGGUGGAGAGGAGAUAAACCGCUCCUUCCAGGGCCACAUUACCAGAUGAGGCUGGAUGGAAAGACUGCAGAGUUGAAAAUAACAAAUGUUUUCCCUGAUGAUGCUGGGAUAUACAGCUGUGUGACUGGAAGCCAAAAGACCACAGCUGAAGUGAAAGUCAAACCCCUUCCAAUUACUUUCAAGCGAGAGCUUCAGAAUCAGAUAUCUACAGAGGGUAAGAGUGCAGUAUUUACCUGUGAACUUUCAAAGCCUGGUGCUCCAGUUGAGUGGAGGAAAGGUAGAGUGAUGCUGAAAAGCGGAGCCAAAUAUCAGAUGACGCUUGAGGGGCGAUUAACCAAACUGCUGAUAAAUAAUCUAGUUGAGGGUGAUGCGGGAAAUUACACCUGCAAAACCAAAGAUUCACAAUCGACAGCCGAAUUGACGGUUCAAGGCUUAUUCAAUUCUUGGCUUCCUAAAGGACUCCCUGCUAUCUUUAAAACAAAUUUGAAGAACCAAGAAACUCAGGAGGGGAACAGUGUCAAUCUGCACUGUGAACUUUCUAAGGCUGGAGUUCGAGUAGAGUGGUGGAAAGGAGAAGAACUGCUCAAGACUGGAGAAAAAUAUCAGUUGAGACAGAAAGAAGCAACAGUAGAGUUGUUAAUAAGGAAGGCACAACCAGAAGACAGUGGAGUGUAUCGCUGCAUAUGUGGAGAUUACAAGACAGAAGCCACCAUCAAAGUUAAUGCUCUCCCUAUCACUUUCAAACAAGAACUUAAGGAUCAAGAAGGUGAAGAAGGGAACAACAUCACAUUGCGCUGUGAACUCUCUAAGGCCAGUGCUGAUGUGAAGUGGUUGAAGGGAGAUGAAGUCCUAAAGCAUGGUGAAAAGUACCAGUUGAGACAGAUAGCAACUAAAAUGGAGCUCGUUAUCAGAAAAGCCAUACCUGAAGACAGCGGAGUCUACUUUUGUGUAUGCCCUGAUCAGACAUCCAAAGCUACAGUUAAAAUCAAUGCUCUCCCGAUCACUUUCAAACAAAACUUGAGAAAUCAAGAAGUGGUGGAAGGAAACACAGUAGCUUUCCGUUGUGAGCUUUCCAAACCGGGAGCUACGGUGAAAUGGUGGAGGGGUGAAGAGGUGCUGCAGGGUGGAGAAAAGUACCAGAUGAGGAAUGAAGGACGGAUUGCUGAACUUCUUAUUAAAAAUGUCAACUCUGAAGAUGUCGACUUCUACAGCUGCACUACAGGAAAGGAAAAAACGACAGCGGAGGUCAAAGUUAGGGCUCUACCUGUCACUUUCAAACGAGAACUUCAAAAUGAAUUAACCAAAGAAGGUGGGCAAGCUGUUUUUAGCUGUGAGCUGUCUAAACCCGGCGCUCAAGUUGACUGGAGAAAAGGAAGAAUUAUUCUCAAGCCUGAUGAUAAAUAUGAAAUGAAGCAAGAGGGCACAUUCACCAAACUGGUCAUACGUAAUGUUGAAGCAAGUGAUGCUGGGAACUAUUCAUGUAAAACCAAGGAUUCUGAGUCAACUGCUGAGCUAACCGUUAAGGUUCCACCAAUCACUUUUAAAGUCAAGUUGAAAAAUCAGGAAGUUGAAGAAGAAAAUAAACUUGUGUUGCACUGUGAGCUCUCAAAAGCUGGAUGUCCUGUUGAAUGGAGGAAGGGGGAAGAGCUUCUUAGGUCAGGGUAUAAAUAUCAAAUCCAAGAACAUGAUGUUACAAGGGAGCUGAUCAUCACAAAGGCCAUGCCUGAAGACAGUGGAGUCUACAGCUGCAUUUGUGGAGAGCAGAAGACCAAAGCCACGAUCCGAGUAUUCGCCACACCAGUAACGUUCAAACAAAACCUGAAGAACCAAGAAGCCCCUGAGGGAGGUGUUGUUAUUCUGCAUUGUGAGCUGUCCAAAGCUGGGGUACCAGUAACAUGGUUAAAAGGGGAUGAGGAGCUCUGCAAUGGGAAUAGAUACAAGAUAAAGCAGGAGGGAUUGGUUGCCGAAUUACACAUUAAAAAUGUUCUUCCCAAGGAUGUUGGGGAAUACAGCUGCAUCGUUGGAGACCAGAAGACUACAGCUGAAGUUAAUGUUAGGGCUGCUGCCUCUGUGUUCUUUGAGAAAGAGCUUGAGAGUCAAGAAGCAAUGGAGGGGGACUCUGUCCUGUUUCGUUGUUUGCUCUCUAGUGAUAAUGCCCCAGUGACCUGGAGAAAAGAUAUAAACCAGAUCACACAGGGAGGGCGAUAUACCCUCCACCGUAAAGGUUCAACACAGGAGCUUGAAAUCAGGAAACUGAGAAUGCAGGAUGCUGGCAUGUACUCAUGUAGUGUCAGGGGCAAGAACACAUCUGCGACCCUCAGAGUGAUAGAGCGUGUGAGGAUUGUGAAAGGACUGCGUGACUUGACAGUAACUGCAGGUGAGAGCGCACACUUUGUGUGCGAGCUUUCACAUGAGAACAUCCUUGACGGGGUUUGGUGGCUUGGUUCCAAUGAACUUCAGGAGAACGAGAUGAACCAGAUGAGUGUCUGUGGUCGAGAACAUCACUUGGUGCUCACUAUGACCACAACCGAAGAGUCAGGUGUUGUGUCCUUUGUGGUGGGAAAUGAAAAGACCUCUGCCUGUCUUCGUGUGAACAGCAAGCCUACAGUUUUGAUAGAGGAAAGACUGAAGGACAUGACCAUUUUUGAGGGAGAUUCUGCCACCCUAUCCUGUGUGACUUCUGACACCUGCACACCUGUCACCUGGAAGCGAAAUAAUGUAACCCUGCUCUCUGGGGAAAAGUAUGAACCUCUGAAACACGGGAAACGUAACGUUCUUCUGAUUCAUAAAGUCAGAAAAGAGGAUGCUGGGAUUUACAUGUGUGAUACAGGAGACAUGCAGAGUAGUGCUACUCUUACAGUCAAAGAACGUCCUUUGUUUUUCUGCCGGGAGCUCCAAAAUCAAGAAGCAGAAGAGGGUGAGACUACUUUCUUGUGCUGUGAAUUGUCUCAGCCUGGAGUUGCAGUUGAGUGGAAGAAGGGAGCAAUUCUUCUUAGGCCUGGUAACAAAUAUGAGAUAAAACAGGAUGGAUGUGAGCAGCAGCUACAGAUCAAUGACCUCACAAGUCAAGACAGCGGGGCCUACAGAUGUUGUGCCGAUGGCAUUGAGACAAGGGCUAGUAUUACUGUAAAAGAGCGUCCUUUAUUUUUCCAUGAAGAGCUCCAAAACCAAGAAGCAGAAGAAGGUGAAUCAGCAUUCUUGUGCUGUGAGCUCUCUAAACCUGGAGUAGCAGUCCAGUGGAAAAAGGGGGCAAUGCUGCUCAAGAAUGGACAUAAGUAUGAGAUGACGCAAGAAGGCAAUGAAGUACAACUUCAGAUCCAUGAUCUCACAAGUCAAGAUAGUGGUAUCUACAGAUGUUGUGCUGGCAACAUAGAGACACGAGCUAAUAUUAUAGUUAAAGAGCAACCUCUUUUCUUCUGUGAGGAACUCCAUAACCAGGAAGCAGAGGAGGGCGAGACAGCCUUUCUUUGCUGUGAGCUCUCUAAACCUGGAGUUGAAGUGCAGUGGAAGAAGGGGGCAAUACGAUUGAGACCGGGAGACAAAUAUGAGAUGAAACAAGAUGGCUGCAAAGUACAGCUACAGAUCCAUGGCCUGACACGUCAGGAUAGUGGCACAUACAAGUGCUGCUCUGGAAGCCUGGUAACUACAGCAUCCAUUGUAGUCAAAGAACAUCCUUUGUACUUCAUCAAGAUGCUUGAGUGUCAAGAAGCAGAAGAGGGCGAAACUGCUUUCCUUUGCUGUGAGCUUUCCAAACCUGGGGCUGCGGUACAGUGGAAGAAGGGAUCUGUGCUGCUAAAGCCUGGAAGGAAGUAUGAAAUAAAGCAGAAUGGAAGUGAACUGCAGCUUCAGAUCCAUGAGCUCACAAGCCAAGACAGUUGUGUCUACACAUGCUGUGUUGGUAGUCUAGUGACUUCAGCAUCUCUGGAAGUGAAAGAACAACCUCUGUUUUUCUGUGAGGAGCUCCAAAAGCAAGAAGUAGAAGAGGGUGAGUCUGCCAUACUGAGCUGUGAGCUCUCUAAACCUGGAGUGGAAGUGCAGUGGAGGAAGGGAACUGUUUUGCUUCGACCAGGAAACAAAUAUGAGAUGAAGCAAGAUGGCUGUAAAUUGCAGCUUCUGAUAUAUGAGUUCAACAGUCAGGACAGUGGUGUCUACAAAUGUUGUGCUGGUAGCUUGGUGACCACAGCAUCUAUCGAUGUGAAAGAAUCACCAGUUGUCUUCCAAGAGGAGCUCCAAAGCCUUGAAGCAGAGGAAGGUGGGACGGCCACCCUGACCUGUGAGCUGUCUAAACCUGGAGUUGCUGUGCAGUGGAAGAAGGCAACAGUGUUGCUAAAGCCGGGCAACAAGUAUGAGAUGAAACAAGAUGGCUGUCUACAACAGCUUCAAAUAUAUGACCUGAAACAUGAAGAUAGUGGCUUGUACAAAUGUUGUGCUGGCAGUCUGGUGACAACUGCUUCACUUGUGGUAAAGGAACAUCGCUUGUUCUUUUCCAAGGAGCUCCAAAACCAAGAAGCAGAGGAGGGUAGGACAGCAAUAUUGUGCUGUGAGCUCUCUAAACCUGGAGUUUCUGUGCAGUGGAAAAAGGGAACAGUGCUUUUGAAGUCUAGUAACAAAUAUAAAAUUAAAGAAGAUGGCUGUCAACUACAGCUUCAGAUACAUGAGCUAACAGCUCAGGACAGUGGGGCCUACAAAUGCUGUGCUGGUAGCCUUGUCACAACUGGAUCUCUUGUGAUAACAGAAAAGCCAUUGUACUUUUCUGAGGAGCUCCAGAACCAAAAAGCAGAGGAGGGUAAGACAGUCACAUUGCACUGUGAACUUUCUAAACCUGGAGUUUCAGUGCAAUGGAAGAAGGGAACAUUUUUGUUGAAGGCUAGUAAAAAAUAUGACAUAAAACAGGAUGGCCGUGAACUACAGCUUCAGAUCAACGAGCUAACAGCUCAAGACAGUGGGACCUACAAAUGUUGUGUUGGGAACCUGGUCACAACUGCUUCUCUUGUGGUAAAAGAACAGCCAUUGUUCUUCUCUGAGGAGCUCCAAAACCAAGAAGCAGAGGAGGGUAACACAAUUACAUUGCACUGUGAGCUCUCUAAACCAGGAGUUUCAGUGCAGUGGAAAAAGGGAACAGUGCUUUUAAAGCCUAGUAAAAAAUAUAUAAUUAAACAGGAUGGCCGUGAACUACAGCUUCAGAUCCAUGAGCUAACAACUCAGGACAGUGGGGUGUACAAAUGUUGUGUUGGGAGCCUUGUAACAACUGCUUCUCUUGUGGUAAAAGAACAUAGCUUGUUCUUCUCUGAGGAGCUCCAAAACCAAGAAGCAGAGGAGGGUAAGACAGCCAUAUUGUGCUGUGAGCUCUCUAAAUCUGGAAUUUCAGUGCAGUGGAAGAAGGGAACAGUGCUUUUGAAACCUAGUAAAAAAUAUGAGAUAAAACAGAAUGGCCGUCAGCUACAGCUUCAGAUCCAUGAUCUAACAGUCCAGGACAGUGGGGACUAUAAAUGUUGUGUUGGAAACCUGGUGACAACAGCUUCUUUUGUGGUAAAGGAAAAGCCAUUGUUCUUCUCUAAUGAGCUCCAAAACCAAGAAGCAGAGGAGGGUAAGACAGCCAUAUUGUGCUGUGAGCUCUCUAAAUCUGGAGUUUCAGUGCAUUGGAAGAAGGGAACAGUGCUUUUGAAACCUAGUAAAAAAUAUGAGAUAAAACAGGAUGGCCGUCAACUACAGCUUUGUAUCCAUGAGCUAACAACUCAGGACAAUGGGGACUAUAAAUGUUGUGUUGGAAGCCUUCUGACUACUUGCUCUGUUACGGUGAAAGAGCAACCAAUAUUCUUCUGCAAGAACCUCCAAAGCCUUGAAGCAGAGGAAGGUGAGACAGUCACUCUGAUCUGUGAGAUCUCAAAACCUGGAGUUGCUGUGCAGUGGAAGAAGGGAACAGUGUUGCUAAAAGCAGGAAACAAGUAUGAAAUGAAACAAAAUGGCUGUGUGCUACAACUCCAGAUACGUGACCUGAAAAGUGAUGAUAGUGGAUCUUAUAAAUGUUGUACUGGUAGUGUGGUGACAACUGCUUCACUUGUGGUAAAUGAACAUCCCUUGUUCUUCUCUAAGGAGCUCCAAAACCAAGAAGCAGAGGAGGGUAAGACAGUCACAUUGUACUGUGAACUCUCUAAACCAGGAGUUUCUGUUCAGUGGAAGAAGGGAGCAGUAAUACUUAAACCUUGUAAAAAAUAUGAGAUCAAACAGGAUGGCCACCAACUCCAACUUCAAAUCCAUGAAGUAACAGCUCAGGACAGUGGGGUCUACAAAUGCUGUGCUGGAAGCCUGGCAACUAAUGGUUCAAUUAAAGUGACAGAGCAACCUUUAUUCUUCUGCAAGAAUCUUCAAAACCUUGAAUCUGAAGAAGGUGAAACUGCAUUCUUGACAUGUGAGCUCUCAAAACCUGGAGUUGCAGUGCAGUGGAAAAAGGGAUCUGUGUUGAUUAAACCAGGAAACAAGUAUGAGAUGAAACAGAAUGGCUCUGAAUUACACCUUCAAAUCCAUGAUUUAAAAUGUCAGGACAGUGGUGUCUACAAAUGCUGUGCUGCAAAGAUGGAGACAAAAGCUUCUGUUGUUGUAAAAGAAUCUCCACCUAAAAUUAAAGACAUCCCUCAAGCCCCACCAAGAAUAAAAGGAAAAAACAUUAUGGAAGAAACACACAGUGGUCUAGAUCAUAAGAAACAAGCUGCAGUCAUUGAGGAAUCGGAUAUCUCUAUCUUCGAUCCAUCAGAGGUUCACUUCCAGGAUCUCUGUGAGAAACCGACAGAUGACCAGGAAGUCAAGCCAAAAUCAUUGGUGCGACAAAAGGGAGAAGAUGUGAGUUCCAGUAUGGUUAUCAGUGAGUCUACUUGCACCAUGGGAGAACCUGAAAUUUCUUCUCUUGCAAUCAAUGUACACAAAGAACAAAGAAAAAAGGAGUUGGACACAAAUUCAAAAUGGGUUACUAAGAUUUCUGUGGACCAGCACAAUGAAGAGAUCUCAGGGCAAGUUCAAAAGAAAACUCCAAGCAUAGAUCCAGGUGAACAGAGCAAGGAACCACCCAGAGAGGUUCCCCUGCCUCCACCGCGGUCAAAGGGUAAGGCCACACAUCCAGAUGAUUCAAUCCAAGACCAGCACAGUGUUAAAGAGCCAACUCUUGAUAAGAGAGGCAAGAAACAAGAUGUUGUCGUUGAGGCUACUGUGGAGACCACAAAGGCAUCAAAGCAUGUUGACCUAACAGUGUCACUCCCUAAAGAGAAUGUCUCCCAGCUACAUGUUGAAACCAAAAGGCAACCCUAUGUUUUGGAAGCAAAGAUCCAAGAUAUGGACAUAAAACAAUGUGUGGAUACCACUUUGAAGAUAUCAGAACAUGGUUUAAAUACCCCAGUCUUUGAAGAGAUAACAGCGAAACACAUUGAAUCGUCUCAUUUAGAACAACCAUGUCAUUUAGAAGGAAAUAAUCAGUAUAUCAAGCAGAAAUCAACUGUAAACAAGGAACCAAAGCAAGAGCAAAUUGUGAGCAAGGAAACAGAGUUGGAAGAAUUUGCCCCGCAAACAAAUACAAAUAAGGAACCAAAACAGAAAUCAUUGGAUAAGAAUGUAGCACAUGAAAAUCAAAAUGUCCAGUCUGAAGAGAGAUCAGAAAUUAAAAAGGUUAAAUCCAUUGAUGAACAUCAUGGACAAAUAACAAAGAAUAUUACAGAACAACCAAGUAUUGCAAUUACAAGCCAGAAACCCAAAAAGCCAAUCCUUUGUGCACAAAGAGACUCUUCAAUGCCUGUAAAAGAUGUCCAGAAGGAAUUACAGGCAGGUGAACUGAAUUUACCACACAUUGAUAGUGGAGAACUGAAACAUGUCCAGCAGGUUGUGGAUGAACAUCAUGGAAAAGUGCCAAAGCAUGUUACAGAAAAACCAAAACAAAUUGCCAUUACAAGCCAGAAAUUCAAAGAAGAAAUAAUAACUGCAGUUAAAACUACAGCAAUUAAAGAUGUGCAGAAAUAUUCAGAGGAAGGUGAACUGAAUUUACCACACACUGAUAGUGAAGAUGUGAAAAAUGUGAAGCAAGCUCUGGAUGAAGAUAAGGUUAAAGUACGAAAGCCUGUUACAGGAAAAGCAACAAAUAUUGCAAUUGCAAGCAAGUUCAAAGAAGAAACAAUUCCUGCAGAGAAAGCUACAACAAUGUCCAUUAAGGAUGUGCAAAGGGUUUCACAGGAAGUGGAACCAAACGUACAACACAUUGAUAGCGGAGAUGAGAAAAAUGUGAAGCAGGUCAUAGAUGAACAUAACGUAAAAGUACCAAAGCAUGUUAAGGAAAAGGCUCCAAGCAUUACAAGACCGCAAAUAAUUCCUCCAAAGAAAGCUGUAACAAUAUCUUUUAGGGAAGUGCAGAAGGCAUCACAGGAAGUUGAGCCAAACUUGCCACACAUGGAUGAUAAAGAUCAGAAAAAUUUGAAGGAGGUUGUCAUUGAAGGACAGAAGGAAGAUGUUUCCAGAGGAUUGAGCUCUCAACCUGAGGAGAUGAUGCCAGAGCAGAUCACAAGUGUGGAUACUGACAAACAGAAGAGUUUAAAAGCAGAACAAGGUGGUCCUGGUAUAGAUAUAGAUUCUGAAGAUGAGCCAGAGAUGCUUGAGGCUGCGAUUAAAAUACAAGCUGCUUUCAAAGGCUACAAAACAAGAAAGGACAUGCGGCCCAUCUUUAAAGAAGUGUUCAAGAACCAGAAUAUUAAUCUUGGUGGCACUGCAUUCCUGGAGUGUGUUGUAGAAGGUAAAAUAAGCAAUGUGCGUUGGCUUAAAGAUGGAGUAACUCUCAAGCCUGGGGAAAGGCACAAAAUCACCCAUAAUGCCUAUGGAAGGUGUCUUCUAGAAAUUUCCAGCUUUACAAACAAAGAUGCUGGAAUCUACACAUGCGAAGUUGCAAACAAGUUUGGAGCAGUUAGUUACAAUGGGAAUGUGAUGGUGGGUAAACCACAGAAGCCAUCACAAACAAUUCAGACUGCACAAACACCAAGUACAGAAAUGGUCACUGAGAAAGAGGUUUUGCCCACAAUUAACACGGAAGAGGAGUCAUUGAGACUCGUCUAUGACCUACCGGCAGAUGACACCUACAGCAAGAUCCAAGAGAAAAGGAGAAGUCUCAUUUCAGUCAGCUCUAUAUCCUGUUACUCAGAUUAUGACACAGCCCCAGAUGUUGAGACAGACUACCAAUCAAGAAUGAUGGCAGUAAAGAGGCCAAAGACGGCAAAAACUGAGGCUUCUACUACUCAGACUUCUAAAGAAGAAAACAUAAUUACUGUACAAUCCCCAAAGAAUACAGAUCAGCUAAAAGUGAAAGGUGGCAAUUCACAGAGCCAGACACCCUCACCCAAACGCAUUCAUUCCUACAAGUCCUCUGCAAAUGCUGAGUCGUUCUCUGAGUCAGAUGGAGAUGAUGAUAGAGGAGAGACCUUUGAUAUUUAUGUAGCCAAAAGUGAUUGUCAGCCUCUGGGAGGAAACAAAGAGGCUUUUGUACUAAAGGAAGGUCAGUUUGUGGAGGUCCUGGACUCAGCCCAUCCUGUGAGGUGGCUUGUCCGUACAAAGCCAACCAAGCUCACACCAUCCCGUCAAGGCUGGGUAUCCCCAGCGUACCUAGAAAAGAAGACAAGGGAAAUAUUUUCCUUGGCCCAUGAAGCAGAGACUAAAGAAUCCCCUGAGAAAGGCAAAACAGUUUUUACAAAGGAUGAGCACAGUUUGAUCCAAAGUCGCUUGAUCAAGGGACUACUUGAUGGUGAGAAUAAUUUUGUGCGCGAGCUGAACUUCUUUGUGGAGCACCAUUUGCAAUACUUAGAGACAAGCACUCAAGUUCCUCUCACCAUCCUAAGUCAAAAAGAGUACAUAUUCCGCAAUAUCAGAGAUAUUGCAAGUUUCCAUGAAUGCUGUAUUCUCCCUAAGCUGGAGAUGUGUUUCUCAGAUGAUGAUGUAGCCCAGUGUUUUGUCAGUUAUGCACUGGACUUUGAGAUGUAUCUCCAGUUCAUUACAGGCCUGCCCCAAGCCGAGGCUUGCAUCUCAGAAAAAAACACACAGCAUUUCUUCAAGCAAUAUGCAAACACAGAGUUGGCACAUUUGGAUACGCAGGUCUUCAGUGUUAGCACAUAUUUGCAGAGACCCAUGGAGAGAAUUCAAACGUACAAAAAUGUACUUAAGGAGCUGAUCAGAAACAAAGCAAAAAGCGGACAGAACUGUUGCCUGCUGGAAGACGCAUUUGCCAUUGUUUCCAGCUUGCCUUGGCGUGCAGAGAACUUGCAUCAUCUGUCCAUGAUUGAGGAUUACCCUGCACCUCUCAAGGGGCUUGGAGAACCCAUUAGACAGGGAUAUUUUACAGUAUGGGAGGAAAUUCCUGAGGUCAAAAUCUCUCAAAGAGGACAUCACCGCCACGUAUUUCUCUUCAAAGAUUGUAUUGUCUUCUGCAAGCCGAAGAGAGAACUUUGCACAUACACCGAGGCCUACAUAUUCAAGAAUAAGAUGAAGCUGAGUGAUAUUGAUGUAAAGGAUACAGUGGAAGGAGAUGACAGGUCAUUUGGUCUUUGGCACGAGCACCGGGGAAUGGUGAGAAAAAUCAUUCUGCAAGCUCGAUCCAUCCUCCUCCGCCUCUCCUGGCUCAAAGAUCUGAGAGACCUGCAGCAGCGCAGCAAACAGCCCACUUGGACUGCCCCAUGCUUUGAGCAGCAUCUUAGUGACUAUCCAGCAAAGCUUGGACAAACUGUAAAACUGGUCUGCAAAGUCACUGGUACACCAAAACCAGUAAUAAAGUGGUAUAAAGAUGGUCAUGCUGUGAAAGAAGACGAGCAUCACAUUACAUCAGAAGGACAGUUAGGUGCUUGUUAUCUUGUACUGACUGGUGUCAUAGAGGCGGACUCGGGUCAAUACAUGUGUUAUGCAACCAAUCAUGCAGGGAACGCAAGCACUCUGGCUAAUAUCAUGAUUGAUGUACCUCCAAGUUUUACAACCAGACUACAGAACUCAGUGCUUGUAAAGGGACAAGAUGUGCAGUUCAGGUGCUCCACACAAUCUGCUCCUUUACCAUCAAUAAGGUGGUUUAAGGAUGGCAUUCAGCUUGAGGAUAACAGGAAACACCAGAUUCAAUCUGAUGUUCAAACAGGAAUUCUCACUCUCACUAUAAAGAGAGCUGAAGAGGCAGAUCUAGGUCAAUACCAGUGUGAGCUACAGAAUGAAGUGGGCAGUGCCAAGUGUAAAGCUGAACUCUGCCCUCCAGCACCAUUACCUGUGUCAGUCAGGACCCAAAAGCAAUCACAAACUACCCCAACUUCAGUUUCCCAUUUUCAAGAGCUUCUUGGUCUGGAAGAAACCUUUGAUGGGAUUGCUCAAACUAUCAAAAACUUCAUCGGCCAUCUUCAUUGGGAAAUGCUGUAUCACUUCUUGCUCUGUUUGUAUGCCUGUCCUUUUACAGAUCCCCAGUCAGAUGGUUGGUCAAGUUCCUUUGUGAAGAACCUGUUUCAUAUACUCUUUCAGACUGGAAACCCCGAACCAUCUGCUGCUGGUGUUGAAGAUCCACAAACACUUAAAGAACAGGAUGACAUGGAGAGGCAGGUACAGGUCGCACAGGAAGAGGGACCCGUGGAGCCUGAGGAACACUUUUACUCAGACACAGAGGAGGAAUUUCUGACAGAGCCUCCAGCUGUGCAAGUGGCCAUUGAAGACCUGACAGUCCGGCCUGGUCAGCCUGCAACAUUCUCCGCCAUCAUUACUGGCCAGCCCAGCCCAGAUAUUCAGUGGUUUAAGGAUGACAAGGAAAUCCUAUCCAAUGACUACACAGAAAUAUGUCAAAGUAAUGCACGUUGCUCUCUCACUUUGCUAAAUACUCAAAUAGAGGAUUGUGGCACCUACAGCUGCAUAGCUAUUAAUAGUGCAGGACAAGCAUCUUGCCUCGCCAAACUCAGUGUUGACACAGGUCCAGAUGAGAUUGAGGAAGAAAGAGAAGUGGAGUUUGGAAAAAGACGGAAAUUACAUUCUGUAUAUGAUGUUCAUGAAGAGAUAGGGAGGGGCACUUUUGGAGUGGUUAAAAAAGUCACACACAAGGCGAAUGGUGAAUGUUUUGCUGCUAAGUUCCUUCCACUCAGAAGCAGAACACGGACCAGAGCGUUCCAGGAGAGAGACCUACUGUCCCGUCUAGCUCACCGCAGGCUAGCGUGCCUCUUGGACUUUUUCACCACAAGACGCACACUGGUCUUGGUUGUAGAAUUAUGUUCUACACAGGGGUUACUUGAUCAUUUGUUUUUAAAGGGAUCAGUUUCAGAGAGGGAGGUCCAGUUAUAUAUUCAGCAGGUUCUGGAGGGCAUUGGAUACAUGCACAGUAUGAACAUCUUACAUCUGGAUAUCAAAACAGACAAUAUCCUAAUGGUGUCCCCUGCGAGAGAAGACAUAAAAAUCUGUGAUUUUGGCUUCUGCCAGGAAAUUGACAACUCCAGACACCAGUACAGCAAGUUUGGGACACCUGAGUUUGUUGCGCCAGAAAUUGUCCACCAAGAACCUGUGACAGUAACCACUGAUAUCUGGUCUCUUGGUGUGGUUACCUACUUAUGUUUAACAAGCCACUGUCCUUUCUUCGGGGAGAAUGACCGUUCCACACUGAUGAAGGUUGCUGAGGGCGUGCUGUACUGGGACACACCUGAGAUCACUAGCAGAAGUGUGGAGGCACAGGACUUCUUACAUAGGGUUCUACAGCCAGACCCAGAAAUGAGACCCUCUGCAUCUGAGUGUUUGAGUCACGAGUGGUUUCAGGGCUAUUAUGAAGAUGAAGAACCUGAGCACAUAAAUACCAAAAAUCUAAAAUCUUUUAUUUCAAGAAGAAAAUGGCAGCGUUCCCUGACAUGUCUCGGCUCUGUUCUGACUUUGAGACCAAUCCCAGAGUUGUUGGAGGCUCCUCUGCGUGACGUUUCGAUUACAGCUACAAGGGAAACCCAGGAGCCCAGCAGCACCUCCCUAAGUAGUGGAUCCUCCUCCGAGUUUGAUGAAGCAGAUUCUUGGGACUUCUUCCAACAGGUGAGCCAGGAGGAUGAAGAUGAUCUGGAAGAAGAGGAAGAAUAUGACCCAUAUACUCCUGUGUCAAAGAUGCCCACAGUUUUAAAACUGGAUGAAGAAGAUGUGCUUAUUGGUGAGGACCGUUUUCACAGUGGCCCACUGGUGAUUCCCAUGACCGCACCAUCAACAGAGCCAGUCAGUUUGGAGAGGACAGACAGUAGCCCCUAUCUUCACCUCUCUGAAAGAGAUGAAGGAUUGGAUCCCAUACCACGUCGUAGCCUCAUUAAGAGCACUUUUUAUUGCAGCUCUGAGCAGCUCUCACCCAUGUCUGCUCGUCACAUGACACUUCGGGAUAAAAUUCAAGCUAAAAAGCAAGAGCGUGGCCGUAAACCUCUCCGUGCCAGCCUCUCCGGCAGGUUAAAUGAGCCCCUCAUAGAGUAUGUAGAAGAUUCCCCAGACUUAGAAGCUAAUCGUAACCAAAGAAGAGGAUCAAUGCAUUCAUCUAUGCUCAAGUCAAGCUCAUUUGAUAGUGGAGUGAGUGCUGCCCAUCCAAGCAUACACACCCAGAGAAGAAGCAGGUCAUUAGAUGUAUACACACAGCGCUCUCCAGCUUCAAUUGAGCCAACAGUGCAAGGAGAGGAGGAUGAGCAUGACGUUGAAGAAAGCCAGAAACCAGAUGUCACUGAUGAAGAAGAGGAAAAAACUGAAGAAGUCCAAGUGAGAAGGAAACUUUGCCGUCGCUCUGCGUUUUUGUCAAAGAAGGGCCCAUUAAUUGUGAGAAAAGUCAGAGCACAGGUUUGUGAGCCUGAAGAAGGACAUCAGCCAGCCUUGCAAAGUUCUUGUGAGGAGGACGACCAGUUGCAGGUCACGGAAACAGACACAAGACAUUUAGGUGAUGAGGAGAGUGUGGAUGGCUCACAGCUUUCGCUAGCAUGUUCGCUUGACCACGGCUCAGAAGCUUCUAGCAGGAUAGGCUCACAUGAAGAACUCUCCCACAGACACCAUCAUGAAGAGAGCUUGAUCGCUGGAUCCUCUGGAAAAACAUCUCCAUGCUCUUUACUGCAAGACUCUGAGGAUGAAGACAUGGAGAGGGUCCUGAGAUCUCUUCGCCAGGACCUCCCGAAAGCCCCGCCAAGACGGCGCAGCAACAGUUCAAGCUCUGGACUAAAUGAGAUGCGCAAUAGGAGUGACGUCCUUCUGAGAAGAAGCUCCUCUGCGGUUCCUGUUCAGGCUGCAGUAGCAGGACGGGAAAGCAUAGAGUUACUUCAAAGACAUGCCUCAGCCCCAGCUCUUCAAGCCAAACCCCCUAGUGGGAAAUCUUCCAAGGCUGGAUUCAUGAAGAUCUUCCGUAAACAUUCGUGGGCUAGCCAUUCUUCUCCUCAACUAGAAGGCUCGGAAAAGAAGCAAACAGAAGGAGCAUCUUCACAACCCAAGAGCCCUCUUCUAACUCUGAGGAAGAAGAUGCGAGCUUCAGCCUCUAGCAUAACAAAACUCUUUACCCGACAGCCCAGCAAAGAGGAUGAAGAGAAGAAGAAAGGCGGACCAAUUGUGAAGAACUCCUCCCCUGUCAUACCAGAGAAAAUGACCACAGUAAUGACCACCUCAUCCGAAAGUCCUCAGAAGAAGUCCAAAUUGUUCUCGCUGAAAGUGCCGAUAUUUAAGAAAACCAAAGAAAGUCCAGUCAAACCAUCCAGGCCAGAUGUCAUUCAGCUAGCAGGGGGAGGAGCGCUUGUGUUCUGGAAACCUGUGCCAUCAAAAGAACUUGUCACAUAUUGUAUUCAGUAUAGUGUAAAUGGUGUGGAGUGGAGAAUGUUGGCAGAGAAUGUUACAGACAGCUGUUUUACAGUAAAUGCCCUUCCGAGAGGACCGGGGUAUAUGUUCAGAGUGUCCCAUAACACCAAGAGAGGGUUGGCACCUUUUAGUGACCCUUCACCACCAGCCUUUAUGGCCACACCUUAUGAAGACUCUCACAAUCCUCUCAUUAAAAUGGAAUCUAUUGGGUCAAAGGUCACUGUACCUGGAGGUCUUGGCACUGAGAAAUCUUUCAGCUUCCUUUCUGAAAUCAACAGAGGCCGUUUCAGUGUGGUAAUGCAGUGUGAGGAUAGUCGCAGCUCUCAGAUGUUAGCCGCUAAGAUAACACUUUACAGACCAGAGCAGAGGCAGUUGGUUUUAAAGGAAUAUCAACUGCUUCGCCGACUGAACCACCCUCGAAUCGUCCAGCUGCAGUCGGCCAUCCUCUCCCCCACCUUCCUGGUGCUUAUAGAGGAACUGUGCUCAGGACGAGAGCUUCUUUAUAACCUCGCAGAAAGGACUCUAUAUUCAGAAACACAGGUGACUAACCUACUAGAGCAGAUUCUGAGUGCUGUGGAUUACCUGCACAGCAGACGCAUUGUACACCUGGACCUAAAGUCGGACAACAUGCUUGUGACGGGCCGGAAUGUAGUGAAGAUUGUGGAUUUGGGCUCUGCUCAGCCCUUCACUCCAGGACAGGCACUAAACAUUGAACACAUCAAAGAAAUAACAGAUAAUAAAGGUUAUAUUGUCCUUCCUAAAGCUCCUGAAAUCUUAGAAGGACAAGGAGUUGGACCUGAAACUGAUAUCUGGGCUGUUGGUGUUUUGGCUUUUAUAAUGUUGAGUGCAGACAGUCCCUUCCAUGCUGAUAUAAAUUGGGAGAGGGAUCGAAACAUCAAAAAAGGCAAGAUCCAGUUUAAUCGUUGUUACCCAGGUCUCUCAGAGGGAGCCAUCAACUUUAUGAAGAACACCCUGAGCAACAAAGCCUGGGCAAGACAUACAGCUGCAGAGUGGCUCCAAAACCCCUGGAUACAAGGAGACCGUCCACCUUCCAAACACACUGACUCUGUGGUCUGCUUCUCAACAGACAAGCUGCAGGCCUAUCUCAGGGAACGAGAGGUCAAGCGAGACCACAUCCGCACAAAAAUUAAUCUGCCCUUUCCAUAAUUAAAGGGACAAACAUAUUUGGAGGCUGAAAUAUAUGUGUGAAACUGACAUGCUUUUUGUAGUUUUCGAAAAGCUGUGCUGCUCUCCCACAAGGAAAGAUUAUGAUAAAAAAAGCUAUAAUGAUAAUCAAUUAUAUUUCUUUCGAUAUAACAUUAACACAUGCAAUCAGGCAAUCUGCUCAACAUGGCUUCAGUUGUUGCUUUGUAAUAAUUCAAAAAUGACUUAACUUACAUAAACACUGUUUUACAGUAGAUUAAAUAAAUGUCAUUUAUAUAGAUCAGUGGUAAUAGGGCUUUUGCAUAUCUAUCUAUCUAUAUAUCUAUCUAUCUAUCUAUCUAUCUAUCUAUCUAUCUAUCUAUCUAUCUAUGUGAAUGUAAGAUGUAGAACAGGUUAUCACUGCAUUAUACUUGCUUUUUUUGCCCUGUAUUGUUAAAUUCUGUGGCGCUGCUCUAUCAGGGAAAAUUUUACAGUAUGAUUUACAUGAUGUGGUUAAAUGCAGUAUUUUAUGCAUCAAUUAUAUUUGUUCUCAUUUUAAUGCAGAUUUGACUUAAUGUAUGAGGAUUUUAUUGAGUUAGAAUUUUACUUAAUGUUUAAGGAUUUUAUUGGUUUUGGACGAGAUUUUAUAAGAGUGGUAAGAUCAGUGUAAGGGUUAUUGUUGCCUCUCUGUUGUGACGAUAAUAGUUUCAGACAAUGCAUGUAUGUUUUUUUGUCUGCAAAUUGCCAUGCACUUACAAUAAAUUUAU